AGCUGCCACUGUUGCGCAGUCGGCCCGCGCAACAACGCACGAAGCUACAGACCUCGGAGCUCGCGCUAGACCGUCACUGCUCGCGACACGACUUCCCAGUAGCUCGACACACAGACGAUAAUUCCCUGACGGACAGCACGGGUCUGGGCACUGCGGGCGGGUACUAGAGCCUCACUGGUCAAGCUACGAUGCUCCCAGCGCGAACCAGCCAUAUCAACUGCUAGGCCGGCAUCAGAGCACAAUGAGCCACCAAAGAUAUCCGUCAAUCGACCCCGUCAAAGAGCCGCAUGCGGUCUCCCUGAAAGUCCUUCGCUUGUCACGGCCGUCCCUCGUCUCACAACACUCUCUCCUCGCACCUACGUCUCCGAUCCCGGCGCCUCUAGACCGACCGUCAUCAACAUCGUCGUCAUCGAAGCCAGCCACGAUACCCGCCUCGCUCGCAUACCAGACUACCUCCGACACAAACCCGGACCCGUUCCUCCUCACGCCAAUCCUCAACCUCCCACCGUCAUUUGGCUCUGCCUAUGUAGGCGAGACGUUCAGUUGCACGUUGUGCGCGAAUCAUGAUGCUCUGGGCGAUCCACCCGCGAGCGGCGGCGGUCCGGGUGACAACUAUUCGCAGCAGCAGCAGCAACAUUACCAAAAGAAGAAGUCGAUCCGCGAUGUACGCAUAGAAGCGGAGAUGAAGACCCCCGGCUCCGGCGCGGUGCAGCAGCUCAGCCUCACGCCGACCGAUAUGCCGCCGCCCUCAACGACGGGAGCAGCACACACCAGCGAAACAGCUGGUGGGGGAGGCGGAAGUUCGGGGACGCAAGGGGUGGACCUUGAACCGGGGCAGACGCUGCAGAAGAUUGUGAACUUCGACCUCAAGGACGAGGGGAACCACGUGCUCGCCGUCACGGUGAGCUACUACGAGGCGACCGAGACCUCGGGCCGCACGAGGACGUUCCGCAAGCUGUACCAGUUCAUCUGCAAAGGUGCGCUGAUUGUGCGGACAAAGGUCGGGCCACUACCCGCGCCGUCCGCGAUGGCGACGGACGCCCAGAGAGCGUCGCAAGAUGGCAGCGACGGCGGGGUGCACAGCGAGAAGAAGCGCAGGAAAUGGGUGAUGGAGGCCCAGCUCGAGAACUGCAGCGAGGACGCCAUGCAGCUGAGUCGCGUGCUCCUCGAGCUCGACCCGGGCGUGCACUACCGCGAUUGCAACUGGGAGGCCACCGGUUCCCCCCGGCCCGUGCUGCAGCCGGGAGAGAUACAGCAGUGCUGCUUUAUCGUCGGGGAGGACGAGGUCGGCAGCGCUGUGGAGGGCAAGGACGGCCGGAUCGUCUUUGGUGUGCUGGGUAUUGGUUGGCGCAGCGAGAUGGGAAACAAGGGCUAUCUGACAACGGGCAAGCUUGGGACGAGAGUCGUCAGGUGACGAUGCGUGCACAUGUACUUGCAAUAUAUCCUUUAGACGGGGGCGGACUCUCGCGGCCGCCGAGGAGGUCAAAAUGCACUGCGCACUACAUUGCUUCCCAGUCACAAGGCCAUGCUCUCUGCUUCGAUGUCUAGUUUUCCGGAACUCAAAACCCUGAUCAUCCAUACAGAACGGAGAGAGCGAGAUGUACAUGUUCUGGCUGUUCUGACCGUUUGCUGAAACAACCGACUACUUACGCUGAUGGGGUUUACCUGACUCUGUUGCUCUUUAUUCGAGCCCCCAGAAGUUGACACCGAUCGUUGACUGGAUAUGCCCGUUGCAGCACGACUUUCUGUAUCUGCAGGGAUCACUCUGGAUUAUCCUGCAUCAGAGAUCGCCUCCGGUGUCAAGGCACGCUUUAUAUUGCAUAGAGAACACGGCUGAAGAACAUAUAAGC